AUGGAGACAGGGAAAGAAAGAGAGACAGUGAAGCAAGCUGGCAGACAAGACCUCAGGUGCCUCCCAGCUCUGAAGCAGCAGCCAGGCUCUGCAGGAACAAUGCCCACUGUCAGGGCAGGUGGCUUGCCAAGGUUUAAAUGCCUGCGGAGUCUCCGGGCGCGCACCAGCAAGGUUGUCCCUUUAGGGGAGGCUUCCCCCAAGAGGUGGAAGUGCCCGUGCCUAAAAUGGAGAAGGAAUCGGAUUGCGGCAGUACGCAAAGCCAAGCCAGAACCGCUGGCGGAUAAUGCUGCCUCCUUGCCUGAGGUUAGUAUCGUAGGGAGCAGAAGUGGAGGGCGGGCACAAAAGCUCUUGGCGCAGGAGCUUGCAGAACCGCAGGUGGAUAACGCUGCCCCCUUGCCUGAGGAAGUCACCCCGCAGGAGUACUUCCUUUUCUGCGUCACCUCCACCUGCAGAGACACCCGGGCGAGCGGCCAGGAUACUGUCCCAUACGACAAAGAGUUGGUAGCUCAGACCAUUGUGGACAUCGUCGACAAGCAUGAUGAUUUCCUGGACCCCUCCAGCAUACUGAGAAUGUCUAUGGAGGCCAUUUUUUAUCUCAGUUUAAUGAAGCCUCUGUUUUCCACACAAAUGAAAAGAACGAUUAUCCAGGGAAUAUUCUAUUCGAUCUAUGAAUUGAUUGAAUUUACUGAGGAUGACAACGAGGACCUGCGCAUUUACAUAGAGGGAAAGGACAAAAAAGAAAGGGACCUGGCGGCCAGUAGCCUCCAAUGGCUGCUGGCCGACGCACUCACAUUCCCAGACCUGACCGAGGAAGAUCUGCAGGAGAUGGAAGAGUCAGCUAAGAAAAUGGAAACUCUGUUUGGUCAGUUCUUUGAUCAGGUUAUUGUGAAUGACGAUUUACAGGAGGCUUGCAUGCAGCUACUGUCCACUGUGCACCAAGCACAGGAUGAACCUCAAGAAAUGGAGACAGGGAAAGAAAGAGAGACAGUGAAGCAAGCUGGCAGACAAGACCUCAGGUGCCUCCCAGCUCUGAAGCAGCAGCCAGGCUCUGCAGGAACAAUGCCCACUGUCAGGGCAGGUGGCUUGCCAAGGUUUAAAUGCCUGCGGAGUCUCCUGGCGCGCACCAGCAAGGUUGUCCCUUUAGGGGAGGCUUCCCCCAAGAGGUGGAAGUGCCCGUGCCUAAAAUGGAGAAGGAAUCGGGUUGCGGCAGUACGCAAAGCCAAGCCAGAACCGCAGGCGGAUAAUGCUGCCUCCUUGCCUGAGGUUAGUAUCGUAGGGAGCAGAAGUGGAGGGCGGGCACAAAAGCUCUUGGCGCAGGAGCUUGCAGAACCGCAGGUGGAUAACGCUGCCCCCUUGCCUGAGGAAGUCACCCCGCAGGAGUACUUCCUUUUCUGCGUCACCUCCACCUGCAGAGACACCCGGGCGAGCGGCCAGGAUACUGUCCCAUACGACAAAGAGUUGGUAGCUCAGACCAUUGUGGACAUCGUCGACAAGCAUGAUGAUUUCCUGGACCCCUCCAGCAUACUGAGAAUGUCUAUGGAGGCCAUUUUUUAUCUCAGUUUAAUGAAGCCUCUGUUUUCCACACAAAUGAAAAGAACGAUUAUCCAGGGAAUAUUCUAUUCGAUCUAUGAAUUGAUUGAAUUUACUGAGGAUGACAACGAGGAUCUCCAGGCGAUUUUUGAGUUGAUGCUGAGGGGCCUCCUAUCGGAGGCCCCCUCCCUUGAAACUUUAUCAAGCAUAAUUGAAGACCUGCGCAUUUACAUAGAGGGAAAGGACAAAAAAGAAAGGGACCUGGCGGCCAGUAGCCUCCAAUGGCUGCUGGCCGACGCACUCACAUUCCCAGACCUGACCCUGGAGUCUGUGAGAACCAUCAUCCCUCCCGAGUUGUCCUGGCUCUGCUCCCGAACCAGUGAAGAAGAGCUGGUGAUAGAAAAUCUGGAAUAG